GGUAUGAAACUCAACACGGAACCAUCAACACGUGUUUUAAUGUUUGCACGAGGACAUUUUACAGGAUGGACCGUUUGUUUUAAGCGUCUCCGGAAGUGACUCUGAUUGGCUGCUCAGCUUUAAACAGGAUUUCUAACGAUGAAGUGUUUGGGGAAGAUGAAGGUCUUCAGUCGUAGUUUAAAGAAUCAUUUACAGAGCAGCAACAGAGAGAGAGAUGCUGUCUCCAAAUGACAAGAUACUGAACAACCAUCCAACAGAAGAGAGAAGUGAGGGAGAGGAGGAGGAGUGCGGGAAGAGGAGAAGGAGAGAAGAAGGAGCGAGGAAGAGGAGAAGGAGUGAGGAAGAGGAGAAGGAGACAGGAAGAGAACAAAAGAGUCAGGAAGAGAAGGAGUGAGGAAGAGGAGAAGGAGUGAGGAAGAGGAGAAGGAGACAGGAAGAGAGGAAGAGAACAAAAGAGUCAGGAAGAGAAGGAGUGAGGAAGAGGAGAAGGAGUGAGGACGAUACAGAGGAAGGAGACAGAGUUUAUCCUCUAAACUGAUCUCUAAUAAUCUGCAAGUCAUCUGAUUCGUCACCAACUCCAACAUGGCUUCAGAACUUGACUUUCUGCGAGAUCAGGUGAACAGGUUAAAUUUAGUUCUUGGCCGUUAUCAGGAUGCUCCCUCAGCAUUCACACAGGGUGAAGAUGUAGUGUGUGAUUCUGCAGCACUGUGGAUUACAGACCAAGGCAUCAUGGCUCCACUGAUAGUGGAAUAUGAUAGACACAUUCAGCAGAUGGAGAAACAACUAAAACUCUACCAGAGGCAGAUGGUGGAUGUCAGGGCCAGUCUGGAGCAGGUGGUGCGUGAGAAUGAACGGCUCUAUGCAGAACAGCGGCUCUCUGUAGAGAAACAGCUUCAGACUCUCUCUGUGGAUGAAGAUACUGCAGCAGAUACAGUCACUGUUACCAACUUGGAGGAGCAGGUCAAGUGUGCAGUGGAGGAGAAGGAGCGGGCAGUACAGAUGUGGCAAGUUGCUGCUCUGGAGCUGGAUCGUCUGCAGAAACUUUACCAGACCACCAUGAGAGACGAACACAUACACAGUGCACAACACCAACACACACAGGGUCAGAUUUCUCAACUCCAACAACACACCCAGAAACUUCAGGUGACAAAUCAGAACCUGGAAUCGACCAAUGAAGAGCUCCUGAAGACCAUAACAGAACAGAGCAUUGAACUGGAGGAGCUACGUAACCACCUCAGGAGGGCGAAACUGGACCUCAGAACAGCUACCGCUAAAGUGGAUGAGAUGACUAAGUUCAUGAAAGACGUUCAGGGCCAGAUUCAGCGCACGGAGGAGGAUGCAGCAGAGGCUCAUGGGAGAGAGGAAGCAUCUGAUCGCAGGCUUUUGCAGCUACAGACAGCACUGAGCCAGAUAGAAGGCAGGUUAAAGGUGGCGGGUCAGGACGUGGAGACAAUGAGGAAGAAGGAGGUUCUGUGGGAGAAGCAGGUCGGGGAGCUGCAGAGUCGCUGUGCUGCACUAGAGGAUGAGAAGUUUGAAGCAUUUCAGAGACUUCGGGAUUCACUGCAGCUGGCUGAGGAGGCAGCACUACAGAGAGAUCAGGCUCAACUCCGUGAAAAGCAGAGGGUGGAGGAGUUGGAGAGGAUGAAGGAAGGGAUGAAGCAACUGGUGGAGGAGGCAGCCGUCCGCACCAGGAAGGAGGUGGAGUUUGUACGUCAGCAGUCUAACACACAGAUCCAUCGUCUCACUGAGGAACUUGCAGCCCUGCAGCUGGAGUGUUCUGAUAAACAGAGUCAGCUGGAGAGAGCACACAGAGAGAGGAAGGUGGUGGAGGAGGAUCUCGAGAAGGUGUACAGAGAGGGCCGAUACGGUGAAGCAGACCUGAGGAAGGUGGAGGUUCUACAUCAGAGGUGUUUAAAUGCAGAGAGAAUAAAAGACGAGCUGGAGCACACACUCAACACCACACGGUCUAACAUGAAGAAGAUGGAGAUGGAAUUGAGUGAGGAGCUGUUGCGCUGUCAGGAGGAGAUGCGCAGGCUGCAGUUGGCGCUGACGAGCACAAGAACAGAGUGCAGCAGUGUGAGUGAGGAGAGACUCAGCUUGCAGCAGGAGAAUCAACAACUACACAAAGACAUGGACACACUGCGCAAAGAGUGUGUGUCUGCACAGAGACACAACAAACUCCAGGUGUCACGCAUGCAGCAGGAGGUGUGUGUGAAGGAGCAGGCUGUAGAGUCAAAGCUCAGAGAGAUGGAGGAAAGCCAUAAACACUCCACUGCUGAACUACAGCGCCGCCUGCUGGCACAACAACACAACAACAAGCGCUACAGAGAGGAGAGCAUACAAGUCACACACAAACUGCAACACACAAUCACCUCUCUCAGAGUGGAGCUGAGUAGACAGAAGCAGUGCUGUCAGGAGCUGGAGAUGAGGCUGCAUUCAGAGCAAGAGAAGAUCCAAGAGUGUGAGCAUGAGUUAGCAGAGCAGCAGGAGAAGAACACUCGCUUACAGACUCGACUCACUCAGGCUGAACACCGAGCGUCCACCACCUCACAGCAGCUCACACUGAUGACCCAGAGGAGAAAAAAUGCUUCUACGAUGGACCUGGAGACACUGGAAUAAAAGUGUCAUUACUGUUUCACUUGGGCUUUUCAAUCUAAUUAUAUCAUCAUUAUUUUUAUUUAUUAUUUUUUUUUUUUACAAAAAAUGAGGACUGAAUGAAUCCUUUUUACACUUUUAACAUUUAAUCACACACAUCACAGUAAGCCAUGUGAGCAGCUGAUAUUUGUUUUUACUCUGUUGUUUGUUGCACUACACACACACCUCACACACACACACCACACACAAUUUCACACACAUCACACUCACACACCUCACA